CCUGUUCGCCGCAAAUCUGAAAUUAUUAUACAAUUUAGUAUCUGAUAAUUUGACAAUCGACAAGUAGCGUGAGCACACGAAAUGUCACGUGACCUUGCAGACGCAAUGAACGCAGACUUCGCAAAAAAAAAAAUAAAACAAUUGCGACUGUUUUUUUAGUUAGUGUGAGAGAAAUCGUAUGUAUAUUAUAUAACCGUGUCAGUGAAAACGUGCUCAUAAAUAAUCAAGGCCAGCAACUAUAUACUUCACAGAUGAUCAAUUGAUCUGAUUGAUCAGCAGUUAGCUUAGCGCCCCCCAUCCCAUCCCUGCGCGAGAGAGGUACACACGUAGCAGACAACAUAACAGGGGUUUGAUUUGGCAACGAGAUCGAGGAGGAGGCAAUAACUCUUGGGGGCACCCAGAGAACGACCGAAGGGAGCGAAAAAAACGAGGACGAUGCUGAGGACGACGACGAUGUGUUUACGCCAUGAGCUGGCGAAGGUGACGGCUGUACGCAACGUAGCUCGGAGCAGUGCCGUCAGGUGUCUGAGCACCCAAUGUCUUUACAGGAGACACCAGCAGAGGCCACUGCUUCACGGCAACUCAAGAUUAGUGGUACAGCCAUGGGAACAAAAUUUAAGAUACUAUUCAGAUUACCCAGAACACAUAAGGGUACCAUUACCUGCUCUAUCACCCACAAUGGAAACAGGAACUAUAAUCUCUUGGCAGAAAAAAGAAGGUGAUAAACUCAACGAGGGCGACCUGUUGGCUGAAAUCGAGACGGACAAAGCUACCAUGGGCUUUGAGACGCCAGAAGAAGGCUAUCUAGCUAAGAUCCUCUUACCUGCGGGUUCAAAAAAUGUUAAAAUUGGCCAGCUCGUGUGCAUUAUUGUCGCUGAUGAAGCUAGUGUCUCUGCCUUCAAAGAUUUUAAGGAUGACGGAUCAGGUGCUGCGGCCGCGGCUCCAGCUCCCUCGACUUCGGCACCUCCACCUGCAACCCCUGCACCACCACCUCCAACAGCAGCUGCCCCACCUUCGUCACGUCCAGCCAUGGCUGCUCCAGCUGGCGAUCGUGUGUUUGCCAGCCCGAUGGCUAGGCGUCUCGCUGCCGAGCAGGGUCUAAGUUUACAGGGUUUGAAGGGUUCUGGCUUGUACGCUUCGGUUACAUCAAAAGAUCUGGGAGGUGCAGCUGUGGCUAGAGGGCCUGCAACCACCAGCGGGGCGGUCGCUGGAGGUCAGGAUAUUCCCAUUUCGAAUGUCCGAGGUGUCAUUGCCAAGAGACUACUUGAAAGCAAACAGACGAUACCGCACUAUUAUCUUACCAUUGAAGUUAGAAUGGAUGAGGCGCUGGCCUUGAGGCAGAACUUUAAUAAACUUUUGGAAAAAGAUAAAGUCAAAGUUAGCGUUAAUGAUUUUAUCAUUAAAGGCAUGGCGAUGGCGUGUAAAAAAGUUCCUGAAGGUAACAGCUCUUGGUUGGGAGACAAAAUUAGGCAGUAUGACCACGUAGAUGUUAGUGUAGCAGUUAGCACUGAAAAUGGACUAAUCACGCCUAUCGUUUUUGGUGCGGACGUCAAAGGCAUUGUUCAGAUCAGCAAUGAAGUUAAAGCACUAGCGGCCAAAGCUAGGGAAGGCAAACUACAACCCCAAGAAUUUCAAGGUGGUACCAUAACGGUCUCGAAUCUUGGCAUGUUCGGAAUCAAAAACUUCUCUGCGAUUAUCAAUCCACCACAGUCCAUUAUUCUCGCAGUGGGAACGACAGAAACGAGAUUGAUACCGGCUAACAACGAAAAAGGUUUUAAUACUGCUCAGUUUAUGAGCGUAACUGCCAGUUGUGAUCAUCGCACAGUCGAUGGAGCAGUUGGAGCACAAUGGCUCACAGCUUUCAAGAAUUUCUUGGAAAAUCCAACGACUAUGCUUCUUUAAACAAAAUUCACGCCUUAAAGGAAUCCGUGGUGCAAGAAAAAACCGUGAAGCAUUUCUUGCGUACUUCUUUGUUUUGACGUGAUGUUAAUAUAUAAAGGCAGAGAAAUAAAUGCUAAUUAGUCCCGAGAAAGUAGUAGCUUGACAAUUUCAGCGUUGACGUUGAAAACGUGCCAUCACCUCAAUCAACGGGCAGUUCACUUGGCAUGAUUGUAAAUACGCGAUUGAAUCUAAAAUAAAAAUUAUUCAGACGCCUGCAACGAUAAUUCGCAGUGUCACCACCAUUGAAACUUUUAUGAAAUGGAGAUCAAAUGAGGCGUAACAGUUAUUCGUUACUAGUUGAUAAUUAUGUAUACAUGUACAAUUAUUUAAUAAAUUAUAUUAAAUUA